AUGAGUGACCAGUGGUCACCCAACAGCAGGGAGGUUCCGGUGUUGAAGAUCGGCGAUCAAGAGGCGCAACUCUAUCAAGCUGCCUUGUCCACAUUUGGUGGUUCCAUGGGCGUGCGCCCAUUGCGCGAUGAUGAAGAAAGCUGGUAUGACCAGAUUAAGGGCAACUUCAUGUUUCCAGUUGCUGGUGCUUUUGCUUCGCCGCCAACCGCUACUGAAGGUGCGCAAUAUCCUAAACCUCGUCCUUUGCACUCUGUGACUUCUGCUGGAAAAGAGAUUCUCUAUCUUUCUAGCGAGGAGUCAGUAGGGUCUUCCAACGGCGAGCUAAGUUCGUGGUCUAAAAUCUUUGCAGGCUUGUCGCAUACAGCUAAGGCCAAAACUGGUGCAGGCGGCUCAAAGAGCUCUGGGAGCGCGGGUUCUCGUAACCCUGAUGCUGGCGCGACCCCAUCGGUGCCUGAAGAUGAUGAGGCGGAAGAAGAAGAAGAAGAUGCUGCUGCCCAGCUGAUUGGCAGGAAGAGAGGUAGGAGCGAAACCACGGCUGGUGUGGCUUCCGCGCCUACUGCUGUUGUGCUUCCCGUGGUUGGGAAAACGAGCAACUUGCGCUCGUUGUAUAAAUUUUCUCCGGAGAUCAAGAAGAAGACCCCUGAGAAGGGUGUCACGUUCAGUGAGGCUGCGUCGAAGAGGCCGAAGAUUACCAUCAAGUCCUCUGAUAUUGCUGCUCAGGACGCCGCGAAGGCUGCUGAGGCGCAGCGAAAGGCGGAGGAGAAUCAGAAGAGAGAAGAAGAAAAGAAGAAGAAGAUUGAGGAGCAGAAGAGGAGGAACGAUGAAGAAGAGAGAAAGAGGAAGGAGGAGGAGGAGAGAAAAAGGAAGGCGGAGGAGGAGAGGGUGGCCGAAGCGGCGAAGAAGAGGGCCCUGGAGAAGGAGUUAGAAAAGAAGAAAGCUGUGGAUCAGCCUGUUAAUGUUCAAGGGCCUGAGCGGCGCGAGCUCUGGUGGAGCGGGGGUUAUAACCCGAAUGUGAUUGGGGCGAAGGACACCGUUGGUGAUAUCUAUUAUAAAACUUAUAAUGAAGAAGAACGCGGUGAUGCUCCUCAUCAAGCCCCUUGGAACUUAAAACAGAAAGAUACCUUCCAUGAGUUCGGCCCUUGCCGCGAGUGGUUCUUGAACUCGUUUACUCCUGCAGAGGUCAAUCGGCAAAGGGCGAAGCCCCAUGAAUUGUUAUAUCGCACCUUUAUACUUGGAGAGGCCAACGCUCGUGCUGCCAAUCACCAGAUAGUUCGCGAAUGGCGAACAAUGGUUAGAGAGCGCGCCGACUGGGAGGGUUCUCGUGAGCGCACGUUAAAACGCAUUGCUGAGUUUGAAAAGUCCAAAGCUGCUUUUGAUGAGGAGAGAGCCAAAUUUGAAGCCGAUAAGAAAGCCGAAGAAUGGGGCCGCGAGGGCCUGCAAAAGAAACUCCACAAUGUUGAGGAGCAACUGGCCAAGGAGAAGGCCGAGUUCAAACGUAUCUGCGCCCAGGACAACGAGCGCGCCUACGCGACUCGACAGAAGAUUGUUGAUCUUGAGGCUAAAGUUGCUGAUUUGACAUCGAAGGUAGAGGAGGCGCAUGGAGAGAAAGCUGCCAAGCAGCAGAUGGAGGUUGAGUUAUCUGAGGCCAAGGUGCAGCUGUCCAGCAAGGACAGAGAUCUCCACGCCAAGGACGCUGAGAUUGCGGAGCUCAAACGUCGCUUGAACGAGCAAAUCGACAGAUGUGAGUCGUUGGAGAUCGACCUGGAGGCCGAGAAGGUUAAGGCUGCUACAGCUGAGGAGGCGCGUGCUGUUAGCACUGCCGCGCUUAACGUGGCUCAGACCAACUACUCCGAGGCCCAAGGCAUCGUUGAUACACUUGUCUCGGAGGCUGAAUGGAUGCGCACUCGUGGAGUAGUGCUGGUUGCCAACUCCAUCUUAAAUGCUGGCGAGCUAGAUCGCGCCGUUGCUGCUCUCACGGAUGCGGCGCGUGCGGUGGGUCAUCGAGGAGGUUACUUGGAAUGUGCCAGUCACGUUGAGCAGAUGCUAGGGCAAGAAUUUGAUGUAAGCCAUUGCUCGGUGACUGAACAUGCUGAUGCUGCGCUUGCACAUGCUGAAAACUCGUAUGACAACCUUACCUUGCCUAUCAUGGAUCUGGUUGUGGAAUCUUUGAAGAAAGACGACUGGUGUCAGCGUCUUAAAGUAGUCCUCGAUCCACCAGUUACCGUCGAAUUAUCCGAUGAAGAACCAGCUGGUGAUGACAGUGGAGAUGGUGAUGAUGAUGGCAACGAUGACGAUGGUGAGGAUGACGGAGAUGAUGAUGGUGAUCGACGCGAUGAAUAG